CCUCCCGGGCCGCCGGGGCAGCCAGGACGGCACCCAGGGAGCUGCCCAUGGACAGGGCCCCUCAGAGGCAGCGCCGAGCCUCGCAGGAGCUGCUGGCCGCAAAGAAGACCCACACCUCCCAAAUCGAAGUGAUUCCGUGCAAAAUCUGCGGAGACAAGUCGUCUGGGAUCCACUACGGGGUUAUCACCUGUGAAGGGUGCAAGGGCUUCUUCCGCCGGAGCCAGCACUGCAACGUGGCCUACGCCUGCACGCGCCAGCAGAACUGCCCGAUCGACCGCACCAGCCGCAACCGCUGCCAGCACUGCCGCCUGCAGAAAUGCCUGGCGCUGGGCAUGUCCCGGGACGCCGUCAAGUUCGGCCGCAUGUCCAAGAAGCAAAGGGACAGUCUACACGCCGAGGUGCAGAAGCAGCUCCAGCAGCAGCAAGUGACCAAAGCGCCGGCCACCCCUGGCCAGGGGGACGCCCCAGUGGUGCCCUGCGCCCUGGAGGGCGCCCCCCACGGCCAGCCACGCCUGGGCUGCUCCCCUGACCUGCCCGAGGCCUCUGCCUGUCCCCCGGGCCUCCUGCGAGCACCAGGCCCCGGAGCCCCCUACACGCACUGCCUGGUCAAGGCGGGGCUGGGCGGAGUCCCCUUCCAGCUGGAGUCCAGCCCGGAGCGUGGCAAGGCCGAGGCCAGGGAGGGCCCGUACGGGGCGGCCGGCCAGCUGCCCUUCGAGGUGCCCGGGCAGCCCGGCCGCGCCCCCGAGACCUGCUGCAGUGGCCCAGAGGCGCCCUACGCGUCGCUGACCGAGAUCGAGCACCUGGUGCAGAACGUCUGCAAGUCCUACCGGGACACAUGCCAGCUGCGCCUGGAGGACCUGCUGCGCCAGCGGCCCAACCUCUUCUCCAGGGAGGAGGUGGCCGGGUACCAGAGGCAGUCCAUGUGGGAGAUGUGGGAACGUUGUGCCCACCGGCUCACGGAGGCCAUCCAGUACGUGGUGGAGUUUGCCAAGAGGCUCGCGGGCUUCAUGGAGCUCUGCCAGAACGACCAGAUCGUGCUGCUCAAAGCAGGAGCCAUGGAAGUGGUGCUGGUGAGAAUGAGCCGCGCCUACAACGCCGACAACCACACGGUCUUUUUUGAAGGCAAAUACGGUGGCAUGGAGCUGUUUCGAGCCUUGGGCUGCUGCGAGCUGGUCAGCUCCAUAUUUGACUUCUCGCAGUCCCUGAGCGCCAUCCACUUCUCCGAGGAUGAGAUCGCCCUCUACACCGCGCUGGUUCUCAUCAAUGCCAACCGCCCAGGGCUCCAGGAGAAGAGCAAAGUGGAACAGCUACAGUACAACCUGGAGCUGGCCUUUCACCAUCAUCUCUGCAAGACGCAUCGUCAGGGGAUCCUGGCAAAGCUGCCACCCAAGGGGAGGCUCCGAAGCCUGUGCAGCCAGCACAUGGAGAAGCUGCAAACCUUCCAGCAUCUUCACCCCAUCGUGGUCCAGGCGGCUUUUCCCCCGCUCUACAAGGAGCUCUUCAGCACUGAAAGCGACGCCUCGGACGGACUGGCCGAGUGACUGGGUGACCCGGACGGGGCCUCUGUCCCCUUCCCGCCAGCCUGCUGGCCCACCUCCCCGAACCGCCUCAGCCCUGCCCACCUCACCACACCCUGCCUGCUCCUUCCUCCCCUGGACACCCUGCAGAGGUCCCUGCCCACUGAGAGUGAGCCAAGGCCAGGCCUCGCUUCCUGCCCACAGCUGGGCCGGGCAGGGCCCAGAGCCAGAGCGUGGUGUGGAGCUCCAGCUGCUGCCUCAGGGCUGUCCCCCUUCUGUCCCCACAGCUGCAGCGGGAGCAAGGGGGGACUGAGGCGGACCAAGUGACCCUCAGGAGGGGGUCCAGGGAAGCCCCAAGGAACAGAACUCAGCUCUGGAUUCUGCAUUCUCAACUCUGAAGCUCAGAACUGGCCUUUGAAAUACCUCAUUGAAUUUCCCUGCAAAGAUUUGGUGGCGGGGGCGGGGCGGGGGACGAAUGAAGCUCAGAGUCUGGCCUCAGAGUCUGGCACCCAGAAAGAUCUAGAAUACUGGGAAUCUGGUUCACUGCAUCUGCCUUCCCCUCCUCUGAGCUCAGCAAGGAGGUGACUGGGCACCUGGCCCAUUUCCCAGCGUCUUAUAGCCAAAAAGGAAAAAAAAAAAACUCAGAAAAGGAGGUUAAGGAGGGGUGAGGUGAGGGGCUGGGGAUCAUGUUUUUAACAAAAUAGGGGCUAUAAUAAAAGGAUUAAGUGACGGCCACAGACACACUGGACAGAGGAAAAACUCAGACCUCUUAUGUGCACUUUAAAGAUGGAUUCAAGGGGCUAGAGCCAUAAUACAGCAGGAAGGGCUCUUGCCUUGCACAUGGCCAACCCAGGUUCAAUCCCCAGCCUCCCAUAUAGUCUCCUGAGCCCCUCCAGAAAUGACCCCUGAGCUAGGGUAGGAGCGAUAGUACAGCGGGUAGGGCCUUUGCCUUGCACGCCGCAGACCCGGGUUCAAUCCUUGGCAUCCCAUAUGGUUCCCCCAAGCUCUAUCACCAGGAGUCAUUCCUGAGUGCAGAAUCAGGAGUAACCCCUGAGCAUCGCUGGAUGUGACCCAAAAAAGAAGAAAGAAAGAAAGAAAGAAAGAAAGAAAGAAAGAAAAGAAAUGACCCCUGAGCACAGAGCCAGGAGUAAGACCUGGGCACUGCUGGUGUGACCAACAAAACAAAACAAAGAUGGACUUGAAGAGUUACCCAGCCCAGACCCGGUCAGACACACAGACACAUCCACGCAGGGCAGACAGCACCCGUGGAGGUGGAUCUGUCACAACAGUCGUGUCUUCGUGGAAGUCACGGUUCACAGCAUCCUUGGGGACUCCCGAAGGAACAGUCUAGGGUCUCCAUCCACCAGUCUCUCACCAGGUGGGGGUCCUGGCCCUAUUCCCUUGCCUGCAGUUCCAGCCAGGGGACCCCCAGGGGGGACAGAGGUGGCUGGACUUGUGCAGCAAAGCCUGCCCACCUCUCUCGGCUUACAAAUCGCUGUGACCCCCCUUCCCAGAAUUGACAGCCAGCCGCGACCAGGUGGGGGACCCAGGUCUAGCUGGGUAGAUCUAAGCCCCCCAACU